AUGGAUAAUACAAACCAACCAACAGGAGGUGUUGUCGGUGUACGCAAAGAAUCGUCCAUCGAUCCAGUCAAAGCCGAAUGGAUUCUUGCAUCUGUGACAAAAAAGGAAAAAUCUGCAGCGCGUCUGUGGCAACAACGGUGGGGUUUUUAUAAAAACGUAAGAGAUGUCCAAGAGGAGGAGGCACAAAAAAUCGGUUUUAGUCUUGAAGAAUACCGAGCGGGACUACGCUCUCUCAGUUGUAAACCAGAUCAACCUAAAGACCCAGUGGAAGUUGAACCUUCACCAAAACCUUUACCACGAACUACUUCAGGAAUGAUUGGACACCGAUCAAAAUGCACUUUGGAGAAAUUCGGAAGAUUAGUAAAUACUGUCCGAAAUUAUCCCAUUCGACCCCCACUAGCGCGGGGACAAAUAUACGACCCUUAUAAGCAGACAAUGAUUUUUUUGGGGAGCGUGGACGGAGACCCCAUAUCUUACAAGUUACCACCAGCCCGCUGUGAGGUCACGGAUGAAAUGUGGGCAAGACCACAACAACUUCACGUAUCGCCAUAUCAGGAUGCCAUUAAAAAAAUCUCGUGA